AUGAUUCACCCGCAUGGGCCUCUUGCCCCUUCUGGAGAUGUUAUGGGGUUUGACUCAUCUUCUUUGGUUUCUGCAGUCUCUAAUGCCUGGAUGAAUGUACAAUCGUACUUUAUGGAAUUUCAAAUGGCUGAGGAUGAAAAUAUCCGUAAAAAACUUGCGAGUCGUCUUCCUCAAGUGGAGAACUACUUACAAGUGAUAUUAGAUGCACUUGCACAGGAACGUACACAUAUGGUCUUUUUUACACCACCAGUAUCCAACUUAAGAACUAUGGAUAAGGGGAGUGUAAGCAGUGUGAGCAGCAGGAGUAGUUUUCUCACAUCACCUAAACAACCAGCUUCACUUCACUCUUAUGGAAAUGGUGGUAUAAACGUAGAUAAAGUAGCAUUACUUACACCAUGUUACACUUUUUUAUGGAGUGAUGUGGCAUUUUCAUCUUUACCUGAGAAGGAUAUUAAAGUAGAGGAAGAAUUAUUCCCUAUUGGAAAUAUAUUCUUUAUUUCUUUAUGUCAAUUUGCAAAACAUGAUGAACCACCUGGAUCACGGUUAGUUAUACUUAGAUUCUUUACUCGUUUACUCGCUGAUUUAGAUCUCCCACGUUCCAUGCAUAUGGGAGACCCACCCCGAUCACUACUGCAGAUGUUCUCCAGCAAUACAAUAGUACCACUAAUAGAUAUGAUUUGCAAAAUUGGACUCUCGCUUCGAUCUAAAACACCGACAAAGAACAAAGUAGCAACUGCUGUUCCUCUCUCUUCUUCUUCUACUACUACUACUACGGAAGUUGAGAGAAAAUCAGUAGAUGAUGAGUGGGAAGCAUUUCUGACACUUUUGUGUACUUUAACUGAACGAAUGGAACAAGUCCCUGCAUUAGCCGUUUUCUUUUUACCUACUGACGCUAUAGAAAAAAGAGGAGAUAUUGAAAAUAAUGAAGUAGAAGUAAAUGAAAGAAAAAAAAAUGAACCAUUAUUUUCAUUGCCACGGGAAUUAUUAUCUUAUGUACCACUUUCUCAAGGUCCACCACAGUCGGAAAAACGAAAUGAAAUAUGCCGUUUAGCACUACGAGGAUUAUUAAAUCUUGCCAAAUGUCCAGAUCCAGAUGUUCAGGAUUAUGUAAAGCGUUAUACAGAGGUGGUUACAGUAACGUUAACAGAGGCACGCACCAUUCUUCUUACACUUUGUAAAGUACCUGAAAAUGAUGAUGGUGUAGCUCAAUUAACUUGUCUUUGCGAUGUGCUUUCAUUUUGGACAGAAUUACUUUUUUUAGCUCCUGCAGUGGCAGAAGCUUGGGAAAUAGAACACACGAUAGAGUCUUGUUUCGUGCGGGAAACACUCUUACCACUCUUUCAAUCUGUGGAUGAGAAUGUGUACGCUGCAGCAGCUGUGGUGGCGGCCAAAACUGUACGUAUGGUGGGCCGUGCAACCUCUUCUUUAUAUAUUUCUUCACUAACACGUGCUUUACUAGGCACACAAGUGGACGUAUUAACAGGAAAACUAACAACCAUAGUCUUACCACCUCCUAAUGCUCCCCUUAAAGAAUCUUCUUCUGCAUUUCCUACUACUACUACUAGUACUACUACUACUACGAACAAUAACACUAGUAUCAGUAGCAGCAGUAGUAGUAGUAAUAGUAGUACACCUUCUGGUACAAUAAUCUCACUCUUGGAGUACGUUUUGCUACCGCAUCUCACAAUGCAGCCUAGAGAUGAUUGGAGGAGCACAGAAGUGACACUUCACCUUCUUAAUACACUCGCAUUGUACGAACCGGUUCUUUUUAUGGAGUUUACACUAUCACUUUCUUUAUCUACUCUUACAGAGGUGUACAUGAAGGGGUUAUCCAAUCAUAGUAUACAAUCAAAAAAUAAAAUAGUGGAUGGGGAUAAUCCAACUUCAAAGGAUGUUACAAAUACUACAACAACUACUACUACUAAUGUCAAUGAUACGACGAGCAAAAGAAAACAUGUGGAUUGUCAUCAUCAAUUACAAAUGCUUGAUUUUGAUCUCUCUGCUUCGUCAACGUCACCAUCUUUAGAUGUAUCCACUUGUUUUCCUGAACGUCUUCGAGCCCCAAAGGGAGUUUUACUCUGGACUGAUUCGGAAUGUAUCGCAGAAGAGAUUUUAACUCGCCUGCUACUUGUUGAAAGUCAUGUUCCUACUUCAUUGCUUGAAAAACGACAAUGUUUGAUGAAUCGUUCCUGCAGAAGUCAUUGUGAAGAUUUGAUGGGUAUUCUUACUCCUGAUAAAGGAAAAAACUCUACAGUAGCUGAAACAUCUUCACCUUUCCAGGAUAAUAAUGAGAUGAAUAGCAAACAUAAAAACAUUUGGUUUCAUGAGGGAGUUCAUUCAUCAUCCUUUAUUCAUCAUCUCUGUGAGCUUACUUCACAUAUGGUAUCUAUUCCCCCAGAUGUAUGUACACUAUUAACAAAUCUAUGGUGUACAUUAUGCGUCAUGCCAGAUCUUCGUGUUCUUUACACCCUUAUGGAUCCAGAGUAUGGUAAACUUCGUCUUUCAUUACUGAAGCUACGUGAUACCAUUGACAUAACUCUUCAGCAUGAUGAAGAGCUGGUAUUUAGCGUUGCAUCGGCUGCGGCAGCCUCCGCGUUAAGCAAGAGGGGAAAGAAAACAAAAACAUCAACAUCAUCAUUAUCAUCAUCCCUUAAUGCUAAAUUACCAUCUAUAUCAGCAGCAGCGGCAGCGGCAGCGGCAGCAGCAGCAGCAGCAGUAGCCGUAUCAACAGUAAUGCCAUCAAAAUCCACACAGGAAGUAUGCACUACCCAUCGUCAACCGUUACAGAAGACAGUACAGGAUUCCACUUCCCACGUGUAUACACGCUCUUACUUGUAUUCACAGUUUAUUCAAUUAGGGCCAUCGUUGCGGUGGGUGGGAGGAGUGGUGGAGCGGGAGUUUCCAAAUCAUGAUUUGCUUGCCGCUCUUAAGGAACAUCGUCUAUUUCUUGAAGUCUGUGCUUGUGUGGAGGCUUUCCGCAUGGAACUGGACGCGGUCAUUGGCCACGUAGCACUAUCGCACAACCUUAUGUGUCUUCAAACAGGAAAUGAACAUCAGGGUAGGAUGCUAUUGCAAAGCCAACCGUAG